ACACACAAUCUUUUAUCUUUCAUUGUUUCUCUCACUCUCUCUUGUUGUGAAUUCUUUCCUUUGAUCUUUCAGGUUUGCAAGUUCCAAAUGGGGAAAAAAUCUAAGCCGUUUAUAUUAUCAUCAGAUGCACCUAAGCCCCCUCAUAGGCAGCCUUACAAAGCUCUUCUGAUAAGCGCUCAGUCAUCUAAAGUGAAUUCAACAGAUGGUGAAGCAACUGGUUCGCAAAUGAAGCCGCGGAAACAAAGAAAAGCCCCUUACAAAGCUCUUCUCAUUAGAGCUCGAUCACCAGGACUAAGUGAGGAAAGCUCUUCGGAGAGUGACUUUUCCUAUGAAGCGGAUUGUGAAGCAUCCGAUUCAUCAUCAGCGGAGAGUGAAGCAACCAAUAUGAAGCCGAUGAAGAACAAAACUGCGAGAAAAGCUCCAGAAGCGAGGCUAGCAGACAAAGAGCAAAACAAGAGGAGAAGGAUCUCAGAGAAGAACAAUAAUCCUGAAGAAACCAUGUCCUGGGAACCAGAAGUUAAAAAGACUCUUUGAAAGAAGAUUUCGACAGAAGAAGCAUAAAGCAAGGCUAAGGAGAAACCAUGAUCUCAUGUUCUAAAAUUGUAGUUCGAUCUUAUCUUUUAUUUUCUUAAUUCUGAUUUUUAAUUUUGUGUUCUAUCAUAAACAUUAUCAUCUUGCUGAGAAUUUUAAUCCAAUAUUUUCUUUUGAGCCUUC